UGGAGCUGCGGUCACUGCGAUCACGGUACCUUUUCUGGUGACUGGGCGAACAGAGGUCAGCAGAUCCUAUCACCCUUACUGUCUCGUCUACGCUCCCCCGCUAGCACGUUCGCAGAUGCGAACAUUGCACCGCUCAGUCUGGGGUCCGAGGAAGCCAAUAGACUCCCCCCCGAGCAAAGCCAGUCGUUCAAGCCCGGUGGGCGCGAAGAGCAGCGUGACUUGCAGGAGAGCCAGUUGUCCCUGGCCCACAGCCGGCGUUCCGUGUCGCGCACUUCGCUGAGUCUACCGCAGGAUCCUUCGCAGUGGCCACCGGCGACGGCUACCGGCUUGGCAGCCAUCUGCUUGCGGCGUGAGGAGGCUUCACAGCUUGUGGGCAAGCACGGGCCCUUCCAGACGACCACGUUCUACUUCGUCCUCUUGACUGCCUUCGUACUGCCCUUUCACACGUUGCCACUGCAGAUUGCACAGCACAAUGUCGACCACUGGUGCGCCAGGCCUAAAAACUUGCGCAACUUGUCGGUGGAGCAAUGGAAGCACCUGAUGCUUCCACGAACCGAGGGCGGCAGUUACAGUCAGUGUCGCAUGUACGCAGAGGUGAACAGUUCAGGCGUUGCCACGGUGCCCUGCACAAACUGGGAGUACGCACCCUCCGCCUACGGCCCCUCCAUCGUCCAGGACUUCGACCUGGUGUGCGAGCGCGCCUGGUUCCUGCCGCUCAGCUGCUCCGCCUUCGCGAUGGGCGCCAUCUGCACGCUGGUCGUCUCUGGACCGCUGGCUGAUAGGUUGGGUCGGAAACCAGUGAUACAGUUUUCGACUGUUAUGCUGCAGGCGGCCGGCGUGGUGAUAUUGUUCUCCACUAUCCUGAACAGCUUCCUCGCCAUGCGCCUCCUGCUUGGAGCCGCCACCAGCACCCUCUUCAACACCAGCUUCGUGCUCCUGGUGGAAAUACUGUCGCCGGAGACCCGCACGCUUUAUUCCAUGGCGUCAAUGCUGGGAAAGGUGUUCGGCGCCAUCAUAGCCGGCGCUAUGAUGUGGGCAAAGUUCAGCUGGUACACGCUGCAGCUGGCCAGCAUGCUGCCAUGUGUCAUGUUGCUGCGCAUGUUCACGCACCUGGUGGAAUCCCCCCGCUGGCUUUUAGCGCGGGGCAACGUGGAAGAGGCGGAAACUGUCAUCAUGCACGCGGCCACGCUCAAUGGCGAGAACUUGUUCGAAGUGCGUCAGAAGCUCGCGCGAGCGCGGCGCCAUGCCGAGCGGGUUGAGCCUGCCACCGAGGGCGCCUGCUGCGACACGUUACGGGUUCGGGGCCGCUGGAGGAACAGCGUCAUCCUCUGCUACCUCUGGACCGUGACGGCGUUCGCUGCCCAAGCAGCCUCGCUGAAAAUCCACUACCUGGAUUUCUACCCGGCGGCCUUGCUCGCGCUCUCCUCGGCGCUCUCGUUCCCGACCGAGUUGAUCGCAAUCGUGUCCGCGGCGCAUCUGGGCCGCAGGGCCUCCCAGUCUUCGGCACUGGGGCUUGCCGCCGUCUGCUGCUUCGUAGCCGCCAAUCUCGAUGACGACAGCGUCGGUCGCAGCGCGGCGCUGCUGCUAGUGGCAAGCGUCAGCGUGGACGCGUCACAGACCAUCGGCACCCUGUACACAUCCGAAGUGUACCCCACGGUGGUGCGCUGCUCAGGCAUGGCACUGUGCACGUGCUUCUCGGCGGCCGCCAGCGUCGCCACGCCUGUGGCCGUCUACCUGGGUCUCCUUCCGGCGUCUUCGGUGCCGCUGGGCUUCGUGUCUUUGCUGUGCGUCACCGCGGCUUGCCUUGCGAUGCGUUUGCCGGACACCAAGGAGUCGAGCGCUCUGCCAGACCAGUUCUCGGACGUGCACUUCGAGACAUCGCCGCCGGAAAGCGCACCCGCGCUGGUCGACACUGGCAGCAACAUUCCGUCGCAGGCACGACGCCUCCGCGAUGAGCCCCGAACCCUGGGGAAGCGCUGAGCCCCCUUUCCCGGACCGCAGAUAUGGUCGCGAUUGUUUUCGUUCGUAAACUGUUUCUGACAAAUCUCGCGAAUGGUCUGGACGUUUGUUUGUGGUACCGCGACAAUGAGCUUCUAUACUUGCUUCGAGCUCAUUCAAGGGAGAAAAAUGCGCGACAAGUUACUCGAAGCUGCGCGCAUCAUGUGACGCUUAACGAUGCUCCGAGAAAUCGACGCGGAAUAGCGCAAAUAGUGCAUAUAGAUGUGGUUGCGCGGCUUCGGCGAGACAAGUCGCAAGGCGGACGAAAUUCAUUCCCUGUGCGAUGGAACUUCUACCAUUGCUAAUCGGGGACAGUAGUAGUCCAAAACCCAAAAAUGACUGUUGCCUUGAAGCAGCCUGGCAGGCAGUGACUAAAACUGCCUUAAUCUGAGUUAAUUCGGUCGAAUGAUGGCAUGCGUGUUUCUUUAGCCUUUGUAGAAUCCCAAUUGAUCAUUGUGCGUCUAUCUUCUUGCAUGCGUC